AACACCGUAUCGUUUUAGCGGUGCUCCAAUUUUUGGAGAAAUUAAUGUAGAAAAUUGCCCGUUCAAUAGUAAUCUUGACCUUCAAUUCCCAAUGUGACUUUCUAUAGUUAAUAAAUGCGAUAGAAGGGAAUGAUAACUAAAAUUUUAAACAAUCGUUCAGUUUUUUAAGUGCGGUCGACUCAAAAACACGAGUGUGUCAAAAUUAGUUCAAUUUUCGUUGGAAUCAACAAGUGGUUGAACAAAAUGAGUCAAACCAAGGGAGACAUUGGCCUUAUUGGCUUGGCUGUCAUGGGGCAAAACUUGAUCCUAAACAUGGCAGACCAUGGUUUUACCGUAGUGGCUUUCAACAGAUCCGUUGAAAAAGUUCAUGCUUUCUUGGCAAACGAGGCCAAAGGCAAAAGCAUUUUGGGUGCUGAAUCCAUAAAAGAUUUGGUUUCAAAAUUGAAAACCCCCAGGCGUGUAAUGAUGCUUGUCAAAGCUGGAGACGCUGUAGACAACUUCAUUGACCAAUUGGUGCCCCUCAUGGAGAAAGGUGACAUUAUCAUAGAUGGUGGUAAUUCUGAAUACCAGGAUUCUGAAAGACGUACCAAGGCUUUGGCUGCCAAAGGAAUCAGAUUUGUUGGUGCUGGAGUUUCAGGUGGUGAAGAGGGCGCCAGAUACGGGCCAUCUAUGAUGCCGGGCGGUAACAAGGAGGCGUGGCCUUACAUCAAGGACAUCUUCCAGGGCAUCUGCGCAAAAGCAGACAACCAGCCUUGCUGCGAUUGGGUGGGCAGCGACGGCGCCGGUCACUUCGUUAAAAUGGUGCACAACGGUAUCGAAUAUGGAGACAUGCAACUUAUCGGCGAGGUAUACCACUUGAUGUUGUCCAUGGGAAUCACGCAAGACGAGAUGGCCGAAACGUUCGCCGAGUGGAACAAAGGCGAGCUCGACAGCUUCCUCAUCGACAUCACCAAGGACAUCCUCAACUACAAGGACGCCGACGGGCAGUACUUGCUGCCGAAAAUCAGGGACACCGCCGGCCAGAAGGGGACCGGAAAGUGGACCGCCAUUUCCGCUCUCAACUACGGCGUGCCGGUCACUCUAAUCGGCGAGGCCGUGUUCAGCAGGUGCCUGUCGGCCUUGAAGGCCGAAAGGACCCACGCUAGCAAAGUUUUGCCCGGGCCCACCGAAAAGUGGAGCGGCGAUAAGAAACAAUUCCUGGAAGAUAUCAGGCAGGCUCUGUACGCCAGCAAAAUUGUCUCCUAUGCUCAAGGAUUCAUGCUUUUGCGCGAAGCAGCUCUAGUACACAAGUGGGACCUGGACUACGGCAGCAUUGCUUUGAUGUGGCGCGGUGGUUGCAUAAUCAGAUCCGUCUUCUUGGGACAAAUUAAAAACGCCUUCGACAAAGACCCCAACUUGAACUCUCUUCUUUUGGCGCCCUUCUUCCUGGAUGCCAUCAAGAAGGCCCAAAAGGGAUGGAGAAACGUCGUUUCGACCGCCACCAGAAUUGGUGUACCAACUCCAGCCUUGGCCACCGCAUUGGCCUUCUACGACGGUUACCGUUCGGAAAGGCUGCCGGCCAACAUGUUGCAAGCGCAACGCGACUACUUCGGCGCCCACACCUACGAACUUUUGGGCAAAGAGGGCAAGUUCGUGCAUACCAACUGGACCGGUCACGGCGGUAACGUGUCCGCCUCCACCUACGACGCGUAAUCCACUUUCCACAACCUAAUUUUGCUUUUUUAUUGUUACGUUUUAUAAUAAGAAAUGGUAUAUUUUAUUUAAAUACAGUAUUGUUUUAAAUCUUAAGAUUCAUUUUUACGAGGAUUAGUGUGCCAACUCUUCAACCAGAGUCUUUUUUAUAUUUUAAGCAAGAGGAUGCUGUAGGUAAGUAAGCCUUAUCAAUGUAGUUGUGGUUGCAUACAUCAUUGCGACACCUAUCGAAGUAGGGUUGAACUAG